ACUGGUUCUCUAUGGUCCCUGUAAACAACGACGGACAACCAUGGCUACGCGGAGGAGGACUUACUCGUCCGGGUCUGAUGCUUCUGACCGAUUUAUAUCUAUUAAUGAGCGACCUGUUGAUGACAUAUCUCUGGAUGUCUUCUAUAAACCUCAUAGUAUAACUUUACUAAUAGUUAUAAUCUCCGGCUUGAUUUACUUCGCGUUCACCAGGGAUGAAAAUGAGAGUAUCCAGUCAAACAUACAGUAUGGGUUGGGUGCGAUGGUCUUCUUUUUCGUCAUCAUUAGCGUCAUGGCAUUCCCAAAUGGCCCUUUUACUCGACCGCACCCAGCUAUCUGGCGCAUUGUAUUUGGGCUCUCAAUAUUAUACAUGCUGUUACUGCUCUUCAUUAUCUUCCAGGACUACAGGACUGUACGUAGCAUGUUUGAAUGGUUCUUCCCAGAACUGAAAAACUUCACCAUUGAUAUGGAUAAGGGUAAAUGGGGAGAGAAAUGUGAUGAUCUUACCUUUGCGCGACUGUGGGAGACCAUCGAUUUUUUCUGCUUUGCCCACUUCACAGGUUGGGUCAUGAAGACCUUGCUCGUGCGUCACUAUGGCAUCUUGUGGACUAUCUCUGUCAUGUGGGAGAUAACAGAAAUUGCAUUCUCACAUCUCCUUCCGAACUUCAUUGAGUGUUGGUGGGAUGCUGUCAUUUUAGACGUUCUUCUGUGUAAUGGUUUUGGGAUAUGGGUUGGCAUGCAAGUGUGCCAUUUGAUGGAGAUGCGUUACUACAAUUGGGAGAGUAUCAAGGACAUCCAGACCACAACUGGUAAGCUGAAGCGUGCUGUUCUUCAGUUCACUCCAGAAUCAUGGACAGCCAUGAGGUGGUUAGAUCCUGCUUGCAGCUACAUGCGCUUUCUGGCCGUGUCUCAACUUGUCGUCUUCUGGCAACUCUCUGAGCUUAACACCUUUUUUCUUAAGCACAUCUUUCAGAUGCCUCCCAGCCAUCCACUUGUCUUCAUGAGGAUCUUUUUGAUGGGAGCCUCGUCUGCCCCAACGAUAAGGCAGUACUACAGCUAUGUGACAGACCCCAGAUGUAAGCGUGUGGGAACACAGUGCUGGGUGUAUGGGCUGUGCAUGUGCAUUGAAUCUCUUAUCUGCAUCAAGUUUGGAGCAGACAUAUUUCAACACACUCUUGUCCGUAAUAUCAUCGCUUGGGUGUUGAUUCAAGCUGCAGGGUCAGUAGUGUGUGUGUACCUGUGUGUUACACAUCACAGGUGGCAACGUAAGCGCCAGAUCAAACUGGAGGAUUCUUGGGAUGAAGACACAGAAACAGACACUAUGGUGUCUUCAUAUAUUCAAUCUCUUCCCCGCAAGACUGUGACGCUUAGCACUCCAGAGGAUGAGGACAGUGACGAUGAAGACGAGUGGCCGCCAGUGACACAGCGCAGAGUGUUCCAUACCCGACUCAGGCGAAGUAACAGAUUAGACCAAUAACUUUAUAACGAGUGAAAACCUCUGCUUCCAGUGAUGUUGACAAGUGUACAAGUUUGUACCUAUUCCAGUAAUCUUUAUGAGCAUUUUUCUUAAUGUUGCCCAGGAGAAUAUCCCCUCAAAGCAUGUUCUAGACCUACUUUGACUGUAACAGCUUUUAAUGGGUUUCCAAAUGCACAAGUCUGUCUCAUGCAUGCCUUUGAUCGUCUUGUAGAUACUGUAGUUGAAUUAUCAGUAUGAUAGGUUUCAACCAAAUGUUGCCUAAACAGUGUGCAAGUAAAGGUGAUAUAUAUAUUUCUGCAAGUACAAUCAAAUAGCCAAUUUUUAACAUAUAAGUUUAUGGCCAUAAAUUUUGGAUAAAUUUAUGUAGAAGAAAUGUGAAAUCAUGUUGUAGUUAGAUUUUUUAACAUACAACCUUAUCUUUUUACUAUACUUUUUCUUCAGUAGGUGUAUAUUCUCUAGUAGCUUCUUUUAAGAAAUCUUCCAAGGGUGUCCAUUAGUAAUGCCCCAUUAAUAGAUUUAUACCAAGCCUUAUCUUUCCUGAAAAUAUUCCUAUGGUUGUUUAUUAUUUAACAAUACUGUAUUAUUCACGAUUUGGCUUAAAGUCAGAAAGAUAUAACAAUGAUAUUUUCAAAGAUGUGGUCCCCAGAAUACCUUGAUGCAUGCAUAUAUUGAUUGCACUUGUUUGAAUGUGGCCUUUUGUGAUGUAUGGUUUUGUGACAUUAGCAAGUUUCAUGAGAGAGAUUGUCAUUCCACAAAGGUUACCAGUAAGAGGCAUAUGUGUUGUGAUUCUCAUUUUUAUUUGCACUUUUUGAGCGUGAUAUUCUUGGGCCUAUUGAAUAUCCAUAUUAACAUCUACUGUAUAUACUUUAUUUUUGCUUUUAUCAUUAUUCAUAUUCACUUUGUACUGUACAUAUGAUACUUACACAGUGAAGUUAGAGGGACAUGGGCCUAAGGAUCCCAAAAGCACUUUAGAUACUUAAGCUGUCUUCACUUAUAAGUACUGGUAACUGUUUCAUGUACUGUAUAUUGUAAGUGGGAGUCCAACACUGACACUCAGCCAAUGUUGGUGUAACCUUGAUUGUGAAGCAGCUGUCACUUGUUUACACUCAAGAAGUUAUGAAAAAACUGAAAAAAAACAAUGAUUGCCUCAGCAUGUGAGGGAAAACAAGAUGUAUUUAGGAAAAAGAAAGAACAACAGGAAACUGCAAAUGAUAGAGAAGUGUUUUUCUCUCAUAGGUUGAUAAUUAGAUAGAUGGAUGGACCUGUGAAUGGGUGAAUAGAUAGAUAGAUAGAUAACAUAUUUCAGACCAUUUGGUGGACUUACAGUAUGAGGAAAUUAGUAGGAAGCAUGUCAAUGAAUGGUGUUGAGCAUAUUAGAUACAUCUUUUGGGCAAAACAUUAUGUCUGCUACAGGGAUAUACUUGAUGGGCUCUCGAGUUCAACCUGUCAUCUGAGUGCAGUAACUAUUUGUAUGAUACUUGUACUAUUAAUGAUAUUCAUAUUGUGGUUAUUAAGAUCAUGAUUAUAUUUUUAGUUGGUAUUAUAAGUAGAUAUUACCUGUUUUUAUCCUUUUGACUGGAAGUUCAGAGGGACAUAGCAGUGAUGCUGUCUGUAGCAAUUUUGGUUUCUGAUUCAUAACUUUCCAUAGACUUUGUGGAUUGAUUUAAGUUUCAGUGAGAAAGUUUAUUAGGACAGAUUCCUGCAUUUAAUUGUUGGGCAUGUUGCCAACUCAGGUGAUUUUACUUGUACAGUAUGGACAUCACGUCUAUCAUUCAGGGGGAUAGGCCAUGUACAGUGGCUCCUGUUCAGUAGGGGUGAGAUUUAUUAUUAUUAUUAUUAUUAUCGUCUUGUUAUACUAUAUUGUUUUCAUUGUAAUUACAGGUGGCCCUCAACAUUUGGACUUACUCCCAUUUUUGUGAUGCCCUAUGGAAGCUCAUAGCAGAAUAGAGACCAGAGGCUGACACACUGUUGAGUGGCUGAUGCACUGUUUCUACGUGUUCACUUUUGUUAAUACUGUACUGUACUAAUAGUAAUUUUUCAUUUUCUACUUGUAAUUUAAUUUAUUUUUAUAUUAGAACACAAAAAGUUUUAUUAUAAUGGACAGGUAUAGUACAUGUAUAUCUUUAGUUAUUUAAAGGUUUUGCAUCUUUAUAUACAGUAUAAUGAUUUCUUAAAAGUCUACCUAGGAGUCACCUUGCCAUGCUUGAGCUUUAAACUGUGAAUAUCUAAACUUCCACCACAGAUGUUAAUGUUGAAUACAUUUUAUGUCGCCGUGAAUGGUUGAAUGGUGAACUUCAAGCCCAUGAAUGGUGAGGGCCACCUAUAUUAUUAUUAAUAUUAUUAUUAUUAUUAUUAUUAUUAUUAUUAUUAUUAUUAUUAUUAUUAUUAUAUAUGUAUUGUAAUUUCUAUCUUUAAUACGUCAGUACAGCAUUCAUAAAAUGUGACAUAUUUUACCCCAAAAGAAAAUGGUAUCUGCAUACUGAACAUGACAAAUGAUUGUAUGGUAAUUGAAAAUUUAUAUCAUUGAAAUGUUAAGCCUAUUUAUUUUACAUAAAGAGGCUGUAAUGUACUAGAUACUGUGGAGGCAUUCUCUUGUGCCAUGUACAGCAAAAGACAGGGAAAGGUUGAUGAAUUGUAUUUUAAAAGUUGGUAAUUUUUUCUUCUUCUAUGAAUCUCCCUUUGAUCUGAGCUGUUGUUAACCCAUGUUGUAGAACCCUGUUGAGUUACACUGGGAGGCAGAAUAAAAGUUACUGCUCUUACCUAAUUUGUCUUGUUGAGCCAUAUAAGGUAUGGUUUUAAGGAAGUUAUGUUACAAUGGGAGGCAUUGUUAAAAUCACUCCACUUACUUGACUUGUUGAGUCUUACAGAUUAUGACCUUAAGCAACGUGCAAAGUUUACGUCUUUACAGAUAUCUUUGUCAAUGUCAGAAUGUUUUUAUUGGGUGAACAUUUGCAAUUUCCUCAUUUAAGUAAAUGGGAGUUCAUGGUCAUGGAAGUUGAGUUUAUUAUUUUAUACACUUGAUACCAUAGCAAUAAAAGUUCUUUUGCUUUGAUAAGUUUAAAAAGUCCAUUUUAUUGAUUUGUAUAUAUUAGUAUAGUUAUAACAUUGCUGGAGGAAGUACUGUACCUUCAGGAAGAUAUUUUGGAUCAGCAGGAACAUGUAAUCCAAAUGAUAGCCAGAUACAGUGUAGAUACAUAGCUCAGACUCUAAAAGUGAUGAUGAUAUUGUUAUGACACUAUUGUUUGUAAUCACUGUCAUAAAUUUAAAUAAAUUACUGAAGUUAUUUUGUGUUGCUAGUCAUUAUAUUGAGUGUUUUAUUGUGUAUGUCAGUACAGUACUCUACUCUCCUGUGGUAAAAUGAAGGCUUUUCAUAAAAUCAUACAUAUAAAACACAUCAACUUUUUAAUUAGUGGUCAGUGUAAUGCAUAAGGUAAUUGUAAUAUGCUUUGGCGACAUGAUAUAUAUUCUUAGGAAUUAUGGCUACUGUUUUUAUAAUGCACAUAAUAAAUAUGUUUAGAUGUGUAGUAUUCUCCUGGUUGAUACCAAGUACUGUAUAAGAAGAAAUGAAGAGGGAAAAGGAUUAGGAUUUGUACCAGAGAACUAUGUAAAUGAAGUUGUUGUACCACUGUAUAGAGAAAAUGGAAUGCAGCAUAAAGCUAAACACUAGGUACAUUUGAUAACAGAUGAGUGUAAGGUGUAAUGUAGUUUACUUUAUAACAAUUUGAUCUCCCAUCUUAAGUGGCCAGGUGCUCAGGUCACAGGUCAGUGUAAUACAACUCCCAUGGUGUUUGAGUUUAAGUUGUGGUUAUCAUAUUUUGUGUCUCAGCAUUACUGGUGUAAGCUUUUGACUGGUUGAACCUACAACUAAGUCAGAUAGUGAUGCGUAUUGAAAUGAAUAGAACUGGUCACUUUGUCAUGCCAAGGAUUCGAAUUGAACUAAGUAACCCUUUCCUUCAAGGGAGGGGGGUUGCCACUCACUCAGUGUAAGAAAUAGGGAAGAUAAUUUUAAAUAAAAAAGAUAAGAUACACAGUAGGACGGUUAGGCUAGUUUAGCAUAGGUUAGGCUAGGAUAGGGUUAUGAAAAGAGAGAAUUAAGAAAAUAAUAGGAGAUAUUGUGGAAGAGCACUGCAUCCCAAGCUUCCCAAGUUUAUUUUUUAUUUUAUGGGAAGAGUCUUUCUUUAAGACUGUUAUACACUUCCUACGUAGCCAAAUAUUAUGAAACUUUCUACAUAACCUGUUGUUAUUCACUUACUGUUUACCUCAUCCCCAAAUCCAUUAUUAAUUAUUAUACAGUACAAACUGUGAGUUUGAGCAACUAUGUUCUGUAGAUAUAAAGCCAUAUUAGUGAUAUAGUGUAUUGAAAUGAUAUGUGCCUUUUUUAUUCUUUAUCAUUAUGAUUUACAAAAUUGGGGAAGCUUACAGUAGCCACUCUUGCACAUCUGUCUUGUUUGUCCCAUCUCUUGAUAAACGAAAGAUUUCAAUUAAAACUUUUUACUUGAAUAUGUAUCAUAAUACUGGAUUUUGAUACAGUAUGUACUGUACUAAAUCCAAAAUUAUGAGUCACACAAGGAUAUGCUUCAAGUUUUAACCAGUCAAGUAUGAGUUAGGUUCAUGUACAGUAUGACUUGUAUACUGUAUGUUGAUUUUUCUAUGGUGGCAUUGGAUAUAUGUCAGAAGCUUUUUGUUCUGUAAGUUCAUAAAAGAAUAGUUUUGUUUCCUUAAUUUUUAUACAAAAUAGCAUCAAACCUUCUUUUUGUUUUGUAUAUUUUUCAGGGACUGGUUGUGUGCAUUCUGAAAAAUUUCUUGUGUUUUAGUUUUUGACUUGAUAUGAUCUACAAGAAAAAAUUACCAAAGAAGAGGGUCAUGAACCCCUUGAAUAAUACAAAGUUCAAAAUUUGAAUGUAUAGUAUUUAUCAUCAUCAUCAUCAUCAUCAUAAUAUUUUGCCAUUUACUAUCCUCAUAUGGGUUAGCUACAGUAUGAUUACCCGAUGGCAGCUCUCCCUGCUGCAUGGUCUCUUGUGGAUUCUCUUGUCAAAGUUAAUUUUGGUUUAAAAUAACUGAUGACUCCCUCAGCAUGGACUUCAUAUGGUCACUUACAUAACAGUUGAUAACAGUAAUUCCAUAAGGAAGAAAUUUAUUUUAAGUACUCGAUAAUACUGUACCAUAAGCAUAUAACUUGACUGAUGUACAGACAUUGUACAUGUAUCAGAAGAUUGUGAAUAUGUGAUUGCAGUAUUUCAAUGAUUUAUAGCUACUCUUUGAUGCUUGAACCAUAAUAUAUUUUGUAAAUACACUUUGUUGCUUUAUCUGAAAGUUUCCUUUGUAUGGUAACUAUAGUCAACAACAGUCCUCAAAAUUUGUAAAGAACUCUUCAUUCUGGGUAAAUUAUUUCACAAGCAGUCUGCCACAUUUAACAAGAGUUGGGAAUUUCUGAUAUGGAGAAGAGGAAUGUACAGGUGAGGGUACACAAUAGAACCUUAAAUAAUGGGUAGUAGCAAUUUUUUUUAGGAUAUUGAAAUUGUGGAUGUGUGAAAAACUACUAAGUGGACUUAAUUUAGUCAUUCUAGAAGACUUUUUAAUCUUAGAUUAGCUCCAUCCUGUCUAAGUGUAUAUGCUGUAGAGUGCCAAACUGUAACUGUAAUAAGGUGAAUAUUAUGAUGCUGCAGAUCUAAGAGAAUGAAUACAUGGCCACUAAUUUUUCAAGUACAGUACUGUAUUUUUGUAUGUGUUUGUCAGUAACAAGAGUGAAAUGAAUUUUGAUGGUUUUCUUUUCAUAGUAUAUUUUAAUUUUAUAAUAUAGCUAUUUUGUAAAAAUUGAAACAAAUUAUUUUGUAUUUUGCUUAUUAGACUUUAGACAUAUGCUUAGUUUAUAAGGAUUUUUUUAUUAGUUAAGAUAACAUUCUCAUAUUUCUUUAAGUAUCUAACACAGUUGUAAUGGAUAUUUAUAGUGAAAAUACUACAGGUUGACCCUCUCUUGACUGGCAUUCCAUCAACCGACAACUCGCAAUUAAUGGCACUGUAAUAGAAAAAUCAUUACUGUACCUGGUAAAUCUUACAAUUCAUCCACCACGUAGUUGUCCAAUUGGCUGCAUGGCGUCAUGUGUACUUUAUGUUCACAGCCCAGAGUUUAUUUAAACAGCUUUUAUUGUCUUGGCUGUGGUCCUGCUGCUAGUGUUGUGUGAUUUUAGAUAUUAAAUUAUUAUUUUACCCCUAGUUCACAGACAUAAUGUCUUAUAAGUGACCAUCAAAUACUCCUGGCUCUUGUUUUCCCAAGAGGAAGUGACACACACCGCUGAAAAGGUUGCUGUGUUCUUGUUGGUAUGUGUGUGACAGAGGCUUAGAUUCAUAAAUUUCUUCCUCUAAUAUCAGCCCUGGUCCCAAGGUUGCUGGGUAAGAAAGGGUCAGCCUGUAUAUGAUUCUGAUAAGUGAAACUUGCAAAAAUAGUUUGUAGAAAAUGUCAUAUUUUCUUGAUAAGGAAAGAUAGUUUUGUUGUGGCUAUUUUGUGUAACAGUGAUAAUUUGCAUGUACAAUAUUUUUAAGUAGAAAGUAUUUAUUAGGGAACUUAUGUUAUAUACUAGAUAAUUAAUUCUCUUGUAGAUGAAAACCUUGUAAAUGAUAACAUACUUUAUAAUAUACUAUACCCUUUAUGUAUGUUGGAAUAACUUUAAAAGGAGUAUAUUUAGUUGUUUCUGAGUAGAUGCUAAAUGCUGUUUCUUAAAUCAUUGCAGCACUGAUUCUGUAACACUUGUACUGUACCACGAUACUGUACGUAUCUGUCCAAGUACUCUGGACAAAUUUACAAAUUUUUAUUUUUCUUGCAUAACUUCCAUGUCAAUUAUAUAUCAUUAUUUUAACCUUACUUGGAUUUUUUCAUUUUAUAAUACUGUAUCUAGGACUUAUUUUUCCUCCCCUAUCUUUUUUUUUUAAGUACAGUAUUCUUUGAUAGAUUAUAUAAAUACCUAGAGUAAGUCAUCAGGACAACAUGUAAAUACUCUACUGUAUUGAUGCAGGAUGCAAGGUCUCGAGUAAAUAAUUUUCGCAUAAAUUGGUUAUAAAAGCAUCUACGUAUAAUAUUUCAUGGUGUAGUUGAUGGAGGUACAUUGUUCAGUAUCUGCUCCUGUAUGAAUAGAGGAAUACUUGCUUCUUGUUUUCUCUUUUGAAUUAACGGAUAUUUUUAACAGAUGUCUUAUUGGAUAGUUUAAAGAUUGUAUUGUUCUAUCUUCAAAUGUUAGAUUGUUGAUGUUAUUCACUUGUAUAACUUAUUCCCCAACAUGGACUAGAUGAGUGUUUUUGUCUUGUAGGAAUCAACCCUGUGUAGUGGAAAUGGAUGAAAUGGCUAUUAGUAGCCUUCUAUAUAAAGUAUUGUAUUCCAUUUUGUUCUUAUCUUCUAAUAUAAGGUAUGUUAGGCUCUUUGAGUAGAAUGACCAUAAUACACAAAAACUUUGUUUGUAAUUGCAUUUACCAUUUAUGUUUUGACGACAGUGAUAGAGACCACUUUAAGUAGCUUAUCUUUUCAUUACAUAGCCAUCUAUGCAAAGAAAAGGUUUCCUAAGGAGUUUACAGUAUUGUUAUUCAAGGCAAAAAUAAUUGGAUCAUGAUGGUUGCCCAUGUAAAUCAUAUUUUUGUUCUUCAAAUGGAAAAUUCAACCUUGGUUUCUGUAUUGUUUUUUUUUUACUUACUUUCAAUCCUCAUUACUGACUCAUGAUGUAAGCAACAGUUCUCUUUAUCUUAAAUUUUUUUCAUAAUCAUAAAGCUCCUAUCGAAUCAAAAAGAACAAAAGUAAGAAUAAACUGCUUCUGUUGUCUUUACUGCUGUUGGCAGGACACAAUGGGUGGAUAUCAUGGAUCCAGUUGGGUUAUAUCCAUUUUAUAUUGAUUUUAAACAUCACUUUCAAAUGAUGAAAUUAAGUAGCUGGUACAGUAGUGUUAAUGAAACAGAUGAUUUAGCCAUGUUGGUUAUGUACUGACAGUCACACACACACACACACACACACACACACACACACACACACACAUAUAUUUAGUUAUCUUGUUUAGUAAUUGACAUUCUGAGUACUAGAAGUAGAGGAAUGUGGAAAUGUUUGCUGUUUAAUUUAUUUAAAAUUGGAGCCAAUGGAAAAGGAUGUUGAUUGUUUUCAGCACAUUUUUGAGAAGGCACCAAAUACAUAUUAAAUCUGUAUACCAAGAUAAGUAACAAUUUACUUUAGUAAAAACAGCUUAAAAGUGACUUAACUAAUGCUGUUACUAAUUGUUUUAAGUGAAAGGAUUAAGAGGGAAUUACAUUCAGUGUUAAUUACUAUUGAUUGUUACUGUACUAGAGUUUGAUAAUUACAGUAGUUCAUUCCUCAUCUGUAAAGUGUGUAAGUAUGGAAGUACCUGUACAGCCAUUUUCAUAAUGUGUACCCCAUGUCUUGCCGGUUAUUUAGUUCAUCUGUGUUUCCUCAUCUAAUACUCCAUGUAAAGCUUGUAGUGUAUUGAAAUUGCACUAGAAUUUAGACAUUAAAAAAGAUCACAGUAGAAAUAUAGGACAUGAUUAGUAUCUCGUAAAUACUAUAGAUUUUAUUGGCAUUAUUGAAGAUAUGUCAAGAAUAUAGAUGAAACAUUUUAAGAUGAUUCUGGAACUGCCUUAUGAAGAACCAAUAAUUGUAUUUUUAGAAAAGUGUUGAACAGAUAUUUAAGACAAUCGCUGUAAGAGUACACCUACUGAGGUGCACAUAAGCUACACCUUUGUACAGUAGUUCCUUAUAAAUGAUGAUCACUAACAGCAGUCCCUUGUCAAUUUAUUAGCUCUCUUUACAAGUUAAUAGUAAUAGUAUUUGCAACCUGUGCAAACUUUUGUCCAUCUUUCAUUAUACAGUACUGUACUCUUUUUGAUUUUGUGCUGUUGAUCUAAAUCAUACAAAUUUUGUUUAAAAUCUCUUUAUAUAUUAGACUAAGAACGUGAAGUAUUAUUAUUUGCAGGAUAUUACAAAUUUACAUUUUGUGAAUUAAAGUGUCUUACCUCAUCUCAGUGUUUAUAAAUGUGAAUGAUAGAAAAUAAGAUUUUCUUAAUUGAUGUUAGGAUAGGCAAUAGAUGAUACAUUAAAUCAGUAAGCUGGAUGUUUGUAUCCUUUAUACUGUAUGCAGAAUUGACAUUACGUUAAUAACUCGGUGGAAGGAGAUAAUUAUAUCUUGUCUCUUUUAGUUGAUGUGACCUCUGUAGUUUUAUGGCUUAUGUCAGGACCAAACAACUUAUGAAAGUGCACCAGAUCAAUCCUUCUCUGUUGGCCUAAGGAAACACCUAUCCCUUGUUGUCAGCCAUAUUGGAAUUUCCAGGACAGCUCCAGUUUAGUUGUAACCGACUCAUGACUGGGUUCUUUCUUCAUCUCUUCAUCUUUUCCUUAGGGAAAAUAUAACUUCUGCACCAUGUUAUUGUGCACUUGUGAGGUUUAUGGCUCAGCCAUACAAUUGAUGUUGCCUGGUCCAGAUUUGGUCAGAAAAUGGAUUUCCAGCAUCAAUCCAACACUUUGAUUUUAAUAUUUUAUGAUGAGUCAGAAAUGCACCAUCUGCACAUCAGACAGUUAUUUUUGUUUUCUCUGAUGUUUAUUUUAUUGUUUUAUUACAAGUCAUGUUAAAAGAAUGAAAUGGAGGAUAUUAAUCUGAAUAUCAUUAACUUGUUUACAGAUAUUGUUCCACUAGCAUAUUUGCAAAUACAAUACUGUAUACAUGAGUUCAAAGUGUUUUUACAUUUAUCUACCUCUGCUGAAGCAAGCAGCAGUAUUUUAUAUUUUUGUGACACUAUUGAAAAUACUGAGUUUAAGGAAUUGCCAGUGAUGGUUCAGGAGGGAGUGGGCAAUUUCCUUUAAGCAUUAUACUGUGUAGAUUCAGUAGUUUGAUGAUAGUGUAUUGGAUGUAGUGUUGAUAGUGUAGUGGAUGUAGUAUAAAAAGCACAGUUGAUGUAGAUUAGAUAGUGUAGUGGAUGUAUUUUGAUGAUAAUGUCGUGGGUUCAGUGUAGUGUUGUAGAUGCAGUGCAGAUGAUAGUACUAUAGUGGAUGUAGAUGUAGUAUAGAUGAUGGUAUAGUGAAUGUACAGUAGUUUAGAUGAUAGUGUAGCUAUGGACAUGACUAUGAGCUGCCCCACCAAAUCAAACUCGGGCAACGUUGGGUACCCCAUUUAGUCAGAAACCAAACCCAAGUUUUAAAUCGUAAAGAUCUUGCCAUCACAAAGCACUGUCUGGUGUAGGGUGGGUAGUGUAUAUUAAACAAGAGCUCCAUGACUCAGUUGAUAGCUCUGUUGACAUAGUCUUGAUCAUAUGUCAGGCAAGUUUGGCGUGCGCUGAGUUGGCCACAAGCCACAUCAAUGCCCUUGGCUAAGCUAAUGCUGCUUGUUUGGGGAUGCCACCCCACAAAGUAUGGGAAAUGAUGUAUGUAGUGUGUUAGUUUUCUUACAUGUUACUCCAAUACUUACUGUAUUCUCAAACUAAGCCUUCAAAUAUUAGUCCAGUGGAAUUGAAUAUUUAGCAAUGAUUUGCACUCAUUCUUGUUUGUUGAACAGUAAUUUACUUCUCUUCUUAAAGACAGUGUGGGUUUACCACAGACUAGUUCUUCCUAUUUACUUCAGGUGAUGAUUUAUCAUUGUGCAUAUUGCAAUUAGUCUUUAUAUUUUAAAAAGAUCUGCACUAAAUAAACUUUAUUCACAUCUUUAUCCAAUCGCUGUACAAUAAGUUUUCAUAAAUAAUAAUUGAGGACAGUAUACCAUAAGAUAUCUUUGUAUUUUAAUGUUGUGUGUUGAUACUUAAGCGAGUGCUGUACCAUGAUAUUUCCACCAGUAACGUGUUGGUGAAUAUUAAUCUGAUAUUUGAUGUUUACAAUCCAUUUAUGAUUCUCAAUAGUUGUGUGAUGACUGACUGUCAGUGCCGAGUUCAUAUUUGGUGACAAGUUUAGUUAUUGUUAUUAACUUGCCAAGUGAUUUCAGAGAUCUCAAGUGUGACCAGAUUACAAUUGUAAGAGUGUGUAAUGUAAUAUUUUAUACAUUGCACAAACUUGGCAUCUUUUGUAGAUUUAUUCUUUUUGAUGCAGUCAUUAUUAAUUUAGUAAUAAAAAUAUCAUUUUGAA